AUGUCAACACAUGAUCUAGUAUUGAAUUUGUCUCAAUCAAGGCAUAGCAAUUACAGUUUCUCAUUCGACUUCACUAAACCGCCAAUCACGCGCAUUAAUUCACUAGAUUAUGCAAAUUCUGAUUUGGAACAAUUGGGAUUAUCGCUAAUAAGCAAAUGCGCGUUGGUGAUAUUGGCUGGUGGGCAAGGUACUAGACUGAAAUUUGGAAAACCAAAGUUGUUACUACCGAUUAACAACGAUUUGACUAUCUUACUACUAUUUCUAAGGAGAGUUAUGCUUAGAAGGUCACAGGCAAAAUUGCCACCGGAAGUUAAAACGCGCAUUUUUAUACUAACAUCUAGUUACACUAAGAAUUAUAUACAAGAGUACAUCCAAUCUCAUUUGAUACCUGAAUCUAGUGAUAUUGACAUAUCAUCUCUUUGCAUUGAUAUAAUUUUACAAGAUGAAGUACAAUGCUAUGAUAUGUCAUUAAAACCACUAGACACGAACAACCCCAACGGUAAUGGCGGUCUUUUUGGUGCGUUAGAGAAAUGUAUGAGUUUUUGGCAAGCGGACAUAGAUUUUUUGCAUGUCAUUGGUUCGGAUAAUAUUUUCUCCGAUCCACUAGACCCUCUAUCUCUGAGUGUAUUUAUAUCACAACAAAGGCAACACAAACAAUCAGUGGAUGCACUACUUAAAUGUAUUGAAACCGAUAGUCCAAAUAUGGGGAUUAUCGCACUAAAAGUUGAACAGACAGGUGAAAAAACCCCAUGUGUUGUGGAGUAUAGUGAAAUGGUGGAUCAGGUUGCCAAUCAAAGCGUAAAACUUGGCAACAUAUGCGAUCACAUAUUCAGUGUACAAUUUGUUAGAAGGUUUAUCACUAGCCAGCAACACAAAAAUAUGCCAUGGCAUUUAGCAAAAAGGACGGCCACCAAUGAAAUAGGCGACGAGGUACUCGUAUACAAGCUUGAAAAGUUCAUCUUUGACAUUAUACAGCAUUCGAACAAUGUUAUCGCAUAUGUUAUAACUACAAAUGAUUUCGCACCAAUAAAAUGCGAAACUGAUCUAGACCCGAAUCGCCUGAAUAGCGCAAUAAGCAAAUACAGGGCUAGGUCCCAAUUGUGGAAAUAA